AAUGACUAUGCACUAUAUAGCAUCCUUAACAAUAUUAAAUUGCUCUCUAUUCUAAAUUUUUAGCUCAAUUUAACCGUGGUUUAGACGUCAUGAAUCAAGCCGUUUUCGCCCCUGAAAGCGUACAACAACCUGGUGCACGAGAAAAUGUCGCAUACUUAACAAACACGGAGAGAAGGUAACUUUUCAAUUCGAUAAAUUAUUUAGUCCUACCUCGAUACGAUAAUUGAUAAUGUAUGCAAAUGAAUAUAGUAUAGCACAAUUUUAUAUAGUAUAGCACGAUUUUAAGGAAUCUUGUGCGCGUAUAAUAUAAUCUUACAUGUGCAUCUUAACUCCUAUAAUGUUUUGUUUUGAAAACUAUCUUAUGCUGUGUAGAACACCAUUAAUUUUAGUGAUUUUACUUAUUAUAACUACUUCUUAAUUGGUACACAAAGUUAAAAAUCUCAUUAAUAAUUCACGAGGAAAAUACAAAAGAAAUGAAUGUUUAAUCAAUGUUUGUAAAUCGGAUAAAGAUUUGUCCUGAUUUACAUAAACUUCAGCUUUUAUUUUCUCAGGUUAGACAAUGUUUAUUUUUAAAUAUACUUCGCCAAUAAGAUGGAUAAUUUUUUUUAAGCGCAUCCGAUCUUUUCUGAUAUACAAACUCUCGCCUUCGCCUCGUGUUUGUAUAUCAGAUAAAGAUCGGCUGCUCAUGUUUUAACUAGUACUUGUGAUCAACAUUUUAUGGCAAGUUCCAUUUGUAUUAUUUUCAGAAGAGAAGCAGAAGCUAGUUCAUCUAUUGGGAAACCAAGACCACAAGUACGUAAAACAAAUAUUCGAGUGUAAAACUAGAACUAUAUAGGUAUAAACCUUGCAUGCAUGCAAUAUUUGUAAAUUAAACGGUUUGUCUAAUGCAAUGCGUGUAUUUUAGGUAGAACCAGCGAGAAAUACAGCAGAACAAAAUAUACCAACGAAUUUCAGAGAUUUAUUGGAAAAAAUGGUAAGCAUGAAUUUUUUUGUGUGUUAUGUACUCAUGCAGGUGAAUAUGAUGUUUGUGAUGUUACUCGUUCUUCGGACUCGUGCUAUUUUGAGGUCUUUGAAAAACUCACUCUUGCAUGCCAUAUCCAAAUUGCACUCGAGACCAUGCUAUUACCUAUACUAACCAGGAAAAUUUGAACCAGAGUGUUUUUGGGAGUGAAUGCACGCUUGGGACUAGUUUCAUGCAAAGGCUUGCAAAGCAGUAUCUAUACGAAUAUGCAUGUCGCUCAACUAUACUCGUGCAAUAAUACUUUAUUUCUUUCAGGCGAAUGAAUACGACAUCUCGUUCCUACCAAUCACAGGGCGACGUCAUGAAGGCAAAGCUUUGUAUUCGUACGGAAAACUCACGAUCUUUAUUGAACGAGGGGUUGUUUUUUAUCAAGCUCCAAAUGGCAGCUUUAAUCCUGUUUCCAUAACGAACCUUGUAAAUAUGGCCAAGUAGUUUGCAACGCCAUGAGCAAAGAAUGAUCUAUUAAUGGUGUCAUGCGUUUGUGCGCAUGCCUGACACGUGAAAGAAGCAUCAAAACUUAAAGUCAUUAAUGGCUGGCAACAAACAUUAGGCGUUUUAGACCUGACUAUGAUCUAGUUUGUUGCCAUUAAUCCACAAAAUAAAUAGGGCUGAAGGAGUCCCGUUAACUAGUGGCUUAGUCCAAGUUUAUGUAAUAUAUAUAAAAUGUGGUAUACAUAUAAGUGUAAUUUUAUUGCCCUCUCAGGUAGGAAAUUUAAAAUUGAAUCAUGCGCGAUCUAUCGUUAUACUACAAAAAUAAAAACAAAAUCAAGGCUAAUUAACUAUAUACUGAAUGCUAUACGCUACUGUUUACUAUGGUAUAUAACUAUCACUAUAUAUUUUACAUUCUAUUCAUUCCAAAUCACGCUUUCAAGUACAAUACUACAAUCCGCUUCUCUUACCCACGACCCGCUCCAAAUAGAUUAUCCUAACGUGUAACAGUGCAAUUACUAAUUUGCCUUAAUCUCCCACUAAAAGUAAAUGGUGAUAUUGCAAGUAUCGUCUAUUUCAGGGUUAUAUGAUUACCAUUUGCGCCCCACCCCCUAAUCACUCGUACAGAAAAUUCAGUAUUUAGUGAUUUGUCAAAAUGCAAGCUUAAUAUGAGAAAGGGGGAAAAGACUAACUUUUCACCACAUUUUUUAUUACCGUUUUCCCCAUGCUCCUAGGUUGGGGAAAAAGGAUUCAUUCCUCAUGAUCAUGCCCUGCAUGCCCUUGUCUCAUUUGAAGUUGAGGGAGACCGAGGAGCGGAUUUUCGUAAAACCGCAAAUGUGGUAAUACACCAAAGCGCGGAUGGAUAUGGAUGCAUCACAUUCUAAGAAUAUUUAUGAAGAUAAAAAAAGCGAAACUAAAUUACAGCUGAACCUCUAUAUAAGGUGGCACUUUAAUGGGGUAAUAUACAGUAAAUAAUAGCGGUCAUUUUCUUGACACGUAUAGUCAUUUAAAAGAGGGUGAUGGCCGCUAAUAGAGAGUCGCUUAAUUGAGGUGGCAGGUUAAUGGAGGAUACUAAAUAUUCUACCAUUAUAGUGUAAAUUAUAGCGAACAUUUUUGUGACAUGUAUAGCCGUUUAACAGAAGGUGCCGCCUAAUAGAGGUUCGACUGUCCAUAUUAUUAGAGAUUAUCCAUAUCCAAGGUGUCAAAACUGGUAUUUUCUCUCCCAUUGGCGACUGUUGUCGAGGUUAUCUCAACGGACUUCUUUCUAUUUCUAUUACAAUAUUGAUACCAGCAUACCAUCAACGUCAGUAAUAGAAAUGCACCAGCAACACAGCUUACAAUGAUAAGAGCAGUUUUAAAAUCU